AUGUCGAACUUCGAUCCCAACGCCAUCUUGAGAGGUGCCCAACUCACCUUUGUGGGUACCCAUCGAGCUCUUCAAAACCCAGGUCUGUUCACUACCAGUCACUACAGACAAGCCGCCAUUGCAGUCUGUGCUGGCCUAGCCAUCAGGAUUAUCAUCAAUGUUCCUAUAUACGGAAUCAAAGUCUUGAUCUGGUGCAUUGGCCUUUUCGUCAACUUGGACCAGGAGUCUUGGGACGACACUGUGGUCAAUGGUCUCGAUUUCAUAUCCAAGUCCGUGUUACAGGUCCCCUUCUUCCUGAUGAUGAUAAUGAGUUCUAUCACUCCUACCUUGGACAACAUGUUCAUGGACAGUCUACAGUGGGUCGACCAGACCUAUAUCCAGAAGCACAAGUCGGAUGAUCCCACUGAACUGCGUGCCAUGUAUUACCCUGCCUUGAAGAUGUACUCAACUCAUGGCGAGAAGGAAAAAAUGGAGAAAAGGGGGAUCAUGGAUGGCGUCAUACUCUUCGCGACGAAGUACGGCCGACGAGCAGCUAUCUCUCUUGCAAUCUACGCCCUCACCUUCGUGCCAGUCGUUGGUCCAUUUGUGCUUCCGGCAGCUUCCUUCUACACCUUCAACAAAGCCGUCGGUCCGGUUCCCGCAGCCGCCAUUUUCGCCCUAGGGCUUGUUAUCCCCAAACGCUUCAUGGUUCAAUUCUUGUCGACAUAUUUCUCAUCUCGCAGCCUGAUGAGGCAGUUGCUGGAGCCUUACUUCCAACGUGUUCGUUUCAGCAAAGAACAAAAGAAGAUCUGGUUUAUUGAUCGAGCCGGCGUCCUCUUCGGUUUCAGCGUUGCGUUCGCUGUCAUGGUCAAAGUCCCGCUCCUAGGUGUGCUCAUAUACGGCAUUGCGGAGGCUUCUACCGCUUAUUUGAUCACCAAGAUCACCGAACCACCACCUCCACCUGGCAAUGAGAAACCGUUCAUCGAGAGUGAAGUUCGAUGGAAGAACAAGCACUUGUUCCUCGAUCUUCCCAUGGACCGCCUAGACGAGUUCAACGCCAAGCUGACGGGAGCUGACAAGAUUGAUACUAUCCCUCAGAUGCCCCGCAAAAAAUUCUCAUGA